AGCCCUAGUCAGAUUUCACAAUUCGUAAUAAAUAAGAGCAAUUUUGAUUUUAUUACAUAUUUUCAAUUACAAAACGAGACACUGACACUGCGACAGGGCUUGGGACAAAACAGCUUGCCCAUACAGUAGUUUUAACCGAAUUGUCGUAGGUGUAAGUGGAAAUUGACGACGCUAACACACGGGGAAGGUGGCGCAAAAGGAAGAGGUGUCAAAUCAGCCCACUCAUCGUUAAAUAAUAACCUCACGCGGCGGAAAAAUAUCCUAAAUCUUUUGAGUCGUCAUGGCUUUCCGUUUGCUGAGCACAGCCAAGGCGAUGAAUAGCUUAAUGCGGCGAAGCUACUUAACCGGACCGCUAAAUAAUAAGCAGGUGCAGCGUGAAGCCGGCGUCAGUGUACUAUCGGUGGAAAUGUCACCCUUAUUACGUUACAUAGUCCAACAGAUGCAAUUGUUUUGCAAAAAACCGCCAAAAGGUUUUGAGAAAUAUUUCGAGGCUGCCGGCAAAACACAACCAAAGGGCGAUAAGAAAACAAGCAAAUCACCAGCCACAGAGAAACCACCCUCCUCCUCAUCUUCCUCAUCGUCAUCCAAGCCGAAGGCGCAGAGUUCAGCUGCCUCAGAAUCAAAAUCUGAUUGGAAUUUUGGCAUGUUCAGUAAUAGUUCGCGAGGACCAGCAGCGAAUCGUGGCGCAAAUAGUCCCGGUGGUCGUCCAUUGGGCGGCGAAGGCGGUGGUGGUGAUCGUGAACGUUGGAUCCUUCUGGGAGCCAUUGGCGCUGUCGUUCUAGUCGGUUCGUUUGCCUUCUUCGAAAUGGGCUACAAGGAAAUCUCGUGGAAGGAGUUUGUUAACAGUUAUCUCUCCAAGGGCAUUGUGGAGAAACUGGAGGUGGUCAACAAAAAGUGGGUACGCGUACGACUUCAACAGAACGGUGGUCAGGGCAGCGGCGUUCUUUGGUUCAAUAUCGGCAGUGUGGAUAGUUUUGAGCGUAAUCUGGAGACGGCACAAACCGAAAUGGGUACAGAAUCCAUCAAUUUUGUUCCUGUCAUCUAUCGCAACGAAGUCGAAGCGGCCAGUUUGACGGGUCUGUUGCCAACGUUAUUGAUCAUUGGUUUCCUCGUCUACAUGAUGCGCAAAUCUGCGGAUAUGAUGGGAGCCGGUGGUCGUGGACGUAAAGGUGGUGGACUCUUUGGCGGUGUCAUGCAAUCCACAGCAAAACUAAUUAAUCCCACAGAAAUUGGUGUUGGCUUCAAGGAUGUGGCCGGCUGUGAGGAGGCCAAAAUCGAAAUUAUGGAAUUUGUUAAUUUCUUGAAGAAUCCUCAACAGUAUAUUGAUCUGGGUGCAAAAAUCCCAAAGGGUGCCAUGCUCACCGGACCACCGGGAACGGGUAAAACAUUGCUGGCCAAGGCCACAGCUGGCGAGGCGAAUGUUCCAUUUAUCACAGUCUCUGGCUCCGAGUUCCUUGAAAUGUUUGUGGGCGUGGGACCGUCACGUGUACGCGAUAUGUUCGCCAUGGCCCGAAAGCAUGCACCCUGCAUUCUGUUCAUUGAUGAAAUCGAUGCAGUGGGUCGAAAGCGUGGAGGCAAAACAUUUGGCGGCCAUUCCGAGCAGGAGAACACCUUGAAUCAGUUGCUGGUGGAAAUGGAUGGCUUUAAUACCACCACCAAUGUGGUUGUAUUGGCAGCCACCAAUCGUGUGGAUAUCUUGGAUAAGGCUCUGAUGCGUCCUGGUCGUUUCGAUCGUCAGAUUUAUGUCCCAGCACCGGAUAUUAAGGGCAGGGCAAGUAUUUUCAAAGUUCAUUUGGGUUCACUCAAAACCGAACUGGAUAAGAAUGAUCUGUCGAGAAAAAUGGCUGCCCUGACGCCGGGUUUCACCGGAGCCGAUAUUGCCAAUGUGUGUAAUGAGGCCGCUUUGAUAGCGGCACGUGACUCCAAAGAUUCGAUUGUUCUGAAGCAUUUCGAACAAGCCAUUGAGCGUGUGAUAGCCGGCAUGGAGAAGAAGACGAAUGUCUUGGCCCCAGAGGAGAAACGCACGGUGGCCCACCAUGAGGCUGGACAUGCUGUAGCCGGUUGGUUCUUGGAGCACGCCGAUCCUUUGCUAAAAGUAUCCAUCAUACCGCGAGGCAAGGGCUUGGGUUAUGCUCAGUAUUUGCCCAAAGAUCAUUAUUUGCUAUCGAAGGAGCAACUUUUCGAUCGCAUGUGCAUGACUUUAGGUGGACGCGUGGCCGAAGAGCUAUUUUUCAAUCGCAUUACAACUGGUGCCCAAGACGAUCUCAAGAAGAUUACCGACAUUGCCUACUCGCAGGUUGUUCGUUUCGGCAUGAACGAGAAGGUGGGUCAGGUUAGCUUCGAUGUGGGCCAGAGCGGUGAUCCGGUUUUCAGUAAGCCCUACUCCGAGGAUACGGCCCAGCUGAUUGAUGGAGAGGUACGAUCGAUAAUUAAGUGCGCCCACGAGGCGACGACAACUCUGUUGUCCGAGCACAAGGAGGAUGUGCGCCGUGUGGCCGAACGUUUGCUUCAAAACGAAGUCCUUAGUCGGGAUGAUAUGAUCGAGCUGCUAGGCCCACGUCCAUUCAAGGAGAAAUCCACAUACGAGGAAUUUGUCGAGGGAACUGGUUCCUUUGAAGAAGACACCACACUGCCUGAGGGCCUCAAGAGCUGGAAUCAGGAGAAGAAUCGUGAAUCACCAACGGAUACAUCCACAACAACGCCACCGCCACCCACAAAACCAAUGACGGCAUCGACCAGCUAGAGCUGGAGCUACAGCUGGCGGAUGGAUCAUCAUCUUCGGCGGCGGCAGAAGCCUCUUUGUUUUUGUUGUUUAGUGUAUGUACACAACGAGAGGAAGAGCAAGA